AUGACGGGCGACCUGAACCCCAUCCACCUCGACGCGCGCGCCGCCGAGGCGGCGGGAUUCGCGGAGUGCGUGGUGCAUGGGAUCCUGGCGGCGAGCUUGUUCCCCGCGCUCAUCGCAAAACACCAUCCCGGUGCCAUUUACGUUUCUCAGACGCUGCGCUUUCUGGCGCCCGUACACGUGGGCGAGCAGGUGACGGCGACAGUAGAGGCGAUUUCUGUGGUGGCGCACCGGCACAGAUUCAGAGUCACGUUUGCCUCCAAGGCGUUUAAAGAGCCUCGAGUCACGCCAGAUUCAGCAGCAUCGGGGGAGGUGGCCUCUCCCCGGCCUGUGCUGGCACUGGAUGGCAUUGCUGUCGCCAUCAUUCCUCCUCUCAACAAAGACCCACCCAAACCCAUGGAGUGUAGAGAUGAUGUGUUGCGUACUGUCGCCCGCGCUGGCAGCCCCAUCACGAGCGGCACCGCGAAUGAGAAGCCUGACCAGAGCAGCAAGAAGGACGACGGCCUAAUGACCGAAAUCCCCGCGGACAUCGCGAAGCAGGCCGCGACGGGAAAUGCAGCGGGAGUCACCUACGUGGAUACGGCGCAGGAUUCGUUCUUCAUGGCUGAUGUGAAGAAGGCCGGGUGGAACGCGCAGAAAUGCCCGCCUGGAUUGAACAAGGAGCUCGCAGGAGCCUGCACGCCGAAAAACUGCUCCAAGGGAGGUAUCCCCGCUAAGUGGAAAACCGCUUAUCUGCAAAAGAACAAGCUGGGUUACGAGCUGUACGUGCCGGGUAACCCUCUGACGGUGCUCAAGGCCAACCCCGCGUCGUGCUGCAACACCUGCGCCGCGACUCCGCUGUGCACGUACUGGCAGUACAUCCCCGAUAUAACCAUCGACGUAUUCGACGGAAACGAAGCCGGUGCAUCUGCAGGUGCGAAUUGGCGGAGAGUGUAA